AUGAGGUUUCAUUCCCUUGCUCUGUUGCUCGCACUGAGCAGUGGAGUCUCUGCUUUUGUUCCAUCAUAUAGGAACACUGUGGUUAGGAGCACUCCCCACCUAGCUUCUACUUCUCUCGCGUCUGCCACUGACGAUGUGAGCGUCCCAUACGAUGCUGCCGCUCGUUUGGCGUACGAUGAAUGGCGCAAAGAAUUCAACAAGGGCGACUUUGAUGAAGUGAGAUACCAGCAAUUCAAGUCCAAUUACGAUGCCUUGACAUCUGCCAACAUGGCUGCCAAGAAACAAGCUCGUGAUCAAGGGACUGGCACUGUCGACCUUUUGACCCUCAACGAGUUUGGAGAUUUCUCGGGAGAGGAAUACGAAGCCAUGCAAGCUGGGGAUAGUGAACCCAAGUCGGCUGGCAGUGAUAUUAUGGGAAAAGCGAUGGAAGCUGUCGAGUCCCAGGCAGAAGCCUCGAAUGCUCUUGCCGAAGCCUCCGAGGCACUUGCUGAGGAAGAAGAGAAAUUGGCUGGUCAGCUUGGAUUCAAAAAUGUAGAUGAAAUGGAAGCUGCCAUUGAUUCCAUGCAGGGAAUUGCCGAGGACGGUGGUGAGAUCGAAUCCGACAAUAUUGCACGGGAGGCACGCAUCCGAUCGGCAUACAUUGACUGGUGCAAAGAGUAUGGAAAGGAACAGGACGAAUCUCGUUUCAAGGUCUUUUCGGACAAUUUCCUCGUCAUGGAACAGUUUGCUAAUGAAUCUGGAAAGGAAAUGACCCUCAACCAAUACGCUGACUGCACCGAGGAAGAGUACAAGGCAGCCACUGAAGCAGAUGCAAAGAAGGAAGCCGAAGCCCGGAAGGCUGCAGAAGAAGCCGCCAAGAAGGAGGCUGAAGCCAAGAAAAAGGCGGAGGCUGAAAAAAUUGCUCAGGCAAAGGCUGCUGAAGAUGCUGCCAUCAAGGCGGCAAAGGAAAAGAGGGAACAGGAGCUGGAAGCCAUUAGAGCUGAGGCUGCAAGACAACGAGCCAUGUCCGAUGAAGAGCGAAAAAAGGCAACCGAAGAUGAGCGAAAGAAGCGACAGGCGGCACAGGAUAAGGCUGCCCAGAAGCUUCAACAGGAGGCAGAAGCAGCCGCCAUUGCUGCGGUGAAAGCUCAACAGGAAGCAGAAGCGGCCCAGCUGGCGAAACGCCAAGCUAUUCAGGCUCAAGCUGCUGAAGAGAUCCUUCAGAAGGAACGCGAGUGGCAGGCCAAGCAGUUGGAGCUGCAGAAGGCCCGAACGCCACCUGCGCCUGCUCCUGUGAAGAAAGAGAGCAAACCGCUCUUCUCCAUUCCCAAGCCCAAGCCAGCGCCCAAAAAGGCAGCCCCUGCCAAGAAGGUUGCCCCAGCAGCGAAGAAGGCGGCAGCGUCACCCGCUGGUGGUUUGUUUGCUGCCCUGACUCCAAAGACAGAGAAGAAGGCGCCUGUCAAGAAAUCGCCUUCUUUCCAAUUGCCCCAGAUUGCUACGCCAAAGGCUAAGGCUGCGCCUGUCAAGAAAUCGCCUUCUUUCCAAUUGCCCCAGAUUGCUGCGCCAAAGGCUAAGGCUACGCCGAAGCCUGCUCCCAAGAAGGUAGCAGUAAAAAAGAGUCCCUCGUUUUCUCUGUUCCCAACACCCGCGCCAAAGAAGGCAGCUCCAGUUCCCGCACCGAAGCCAGCACCCGUGGCGAAGAAAGCCCCAGCGCAACCUGCUUUCUCUUUCUUUUCGCCCGCCCCGAAGGCACCAGCCAAGGCAGCCCCAGCUCCUGCGCCUAAGCCAGCUCCUGUGGUGAAGAAAGCACCAGCAAAGCCUGCAUUCUCAUUCUUUUCCCCGGCUCCAAAAGCACCGCCAAAGCCGACUCCUGUGCCUGCACCUAAGCCAGCACCCGUGGCGAAGAAAACACCAGCAAAGCCUGCUUUCUCGUUUUUCUCGCCGGCUCCGAAACCAGCACCAAAAGCCCCGGCUCCCGCACCCAAGCCUCAGCCCGUGGCCAAGAAAGCACCAGCAAAGCCUGCUUUCUCGUUUUUCUCGCCGGCUCCGAAACCAGCACCAAAAGCCCCGGCUCCCGCACCCAAGCCUCAGCCCGUGGCCAAGAAAGCACCAGCAAAGCCUGCUUUCUCGUUUUUCUCGCCGGCUCCGAAACCAGCACCGAAAGCUCCAGCCCCGGCUCCAGCCCCCAAGCCCCAGCCUGUGGCCACGAAACCAGCUUUCUCGUUCGGGUUCGGAAGUCCAAAGAAGGCAGUAUCUAAACCCGCCCCCGCACCGGUUCCUGCUCCCGCACCAGCAAAGAAGGCAGCCCCGGCAUUUUCCUUCUUUGGCGGUUCACCAAAGCCCGCUGCCAAGAAGGUUGUGCCCGCACCUGCACCUGCACCAGCCCCGGUCGUCAAGAAGGCGCCUUCGUUUUCGCUCUUUGGAUCGAGUGCUCCCAAGCCAAAGCCUGCCCCAGCGGCAACCAAGGCGAUUGCAGCACCUGUUAAGGGCCGAGCCCCAGCGGCAACGAAGUCGAUUGCAGCACCUGUAAAGGGCCGAGCAACACUGUCAAUCUUCGGAGCAGGUAAUAAGGCCCCCGUUAAGAAACAACCUUCGGCUCCUAUUCGUGGAACCAUUGCGCUUCCUCAGAAGGCCGCACCAAAGAAAGCAGCACCGAAGAAAGCAGCACCGAAGAAAGUAGCGGACAACAUUCCUGUCUUGUCUAGGUGGAGCCAAAACGCGGAUGGCUCCAUAAAUGGGAACAUUAGCAACUCCAAGGCAUUCAAGACUGGAACAAGGAUCACAACCUCACCUGUGAGGGGCAAGGCCACGGCCGGAGCUGUUGUGAAGACAGGAUCAGGUAGCCAGUACCGACUCCAAUAA